UUUUUUAAUGUUGUAAGCUGUGGGAUCUAGCAGCAGACGACUGUUUUUCUGUUAGCACUUACCAACAUUACAUUAUGAUUAAGGCAUUGUUGUCCAUACCUAUGUGCAUAGCUACAUGCUAUGCACUAUUUAACCUCUCUUUUAAAGCCGUGGCGUUUUUUUCGGCCACGAAGACACAUCCGGUUUACCACAUACAAGAUUCAAAGGAGGUCUUGAAGAUUUUGCUGUUUGAUCUCCUUUUAGUUGCAGUGUUUGUAUUACAACACAGCUUGAUGUCAAGUCGUGUGUACAAAGACUUGAUUGGGAGCAGAUUAGGAUUCCUGCAGAGAUCUAUUUACACCCUACUCUCAUGUAUUACACUUCAGUUUUUGUUUGAGAAUUGGAAAACAGUCUGUGGAUGGGACAUCUGGUUUUGGGACCUCCGCGAUUCUCCUGUUACUUCUCUCUUCUUUUCCUUGGUUCACACUGUUGCUUGGUGUGUUCUUGCCCUUGAGCAUGCACUGCUGGAGCCUUUCUACCUCAUAGGGAUGAAACAGGUGUACUACAGGCUGUGGGGUGAGGUGUCACCCUGGCAAUACAUGUCUCGGCGGCUACAGAGUCUUAUUACCCACAUGCCACAUCCUGGCAUCCUCUGCUUUUUGAUUCUCCUUUGGGUGUACCCACACAUGUCCCUGGACCGCUGGCUGGUAUCCACCCUCCUCACCUGGUACACCUGUAUUGGACUGGGACAGGUUACAAACAAGGACUAUAUAUACACAGAGGAACAAAGCAAAGUCAGAAUCACCACCAGUUCAAGAUGUGUUGUUACUUAAAGGCAGAGAUGGAAUGUAAUGUGCUAUUAUUCACCUAAAUUAGGUCUAAUUUGACUGAUAAAGCAGAUUUCUGCUUUGAUGUUUACAAAAUAUUUUUUGAAGUCAUAAUAAAGUCAAGAAUAGUUUACAUCACCAACACUUUUACUGUCGGUGUCUGGCCCUAAAGACUCUCAUUAAAGUUCGACUCUUAUGGCAAAUGGGGGCAAAAUGUGACUUGUGACUAUUUUAACUUCAUCAGUCAUAGAUGUCUGACUGCACAUUUGUUUAUUGUAAAACAAAAACAACACUGCCAUAUCUCUCUAUCUGUGCAUGUUUUGACAAUUUUAUGGAUGAUGGAUCUUUCAUAUUUGGAUAUAUUUUUAGUCUUACUUUGUAGCCAGGAUACAUAUUUACCUAAGAUAAAAAAGAUAAGUGGGUUGGGGGUCACCUUGUUUCUCCUACUUUGACCAUUUGAAAACAGGUGCUUCAAAUUCAGGAUUUCUGAUGACAAGAGAUUAGAAAUGUCAUUCUGUUUGUGUUAAAUCAUCAGAGAAAAGUGAUGAUGUUUUGAUGAUUGUAUGAUACCGGUAAACUGGUUAGGAAGAUCAUUUAAAUGAGAGGCCUCCGUGCUGUUUGUUUCCUUUACCUUGUUACACAUUUUGAUGGACCAGGUCCAUUCUUCAUGCCCAAACCCCUACAUAUUGAAGCCGAAAGUUUAAUGGGAAAUUCUAUAAAAAGUAUAAUUUAUAACAUAAAAUAACAUACUUAUAUAAGAAUUUUAGGAUCUUUAUAAUUUUAUGUUGAGAACACUGCAUAUCAACAUUUUUUCCUUGUAUAACACUUGGAACAACCUUACGACCUAUUUUAAAGGUCAAAGUUUAAACUCUUCAAUAACGUGAAAAAGCAGUUUUUUAGGCCUUUGAAUCUUUAUUUCAAUCCACAAAAUAUAAUUUAAAGGAAUUGAUAGUUGAUAUUUUUGUUUGAAUGUCUUAGUACAUGUAUUUUAUAUCCAUAGCUACCUUUCAAUAGUUUAGGAUAUCUUCCAACGCUAUAUCAAACCGAUCAAGACAUCAUAUAAUGAUCCAUCAUAUUUAUGACACCAGAGGCAGAUAAUUCUUGAAUGAAAUGAUGAUUUAUUUAUGUAUACAUAUUUUACUUGAAAAUAGUUUUUUUUCAGAUUAUUUAAUAUAAUUUCAUAUCCUGGUCUGUUUAUUCAUUUUGCUUAUUGCCUACAAUGUAUGUGUAUAUUAUUCUGUGAAGUGACAAUUUUGAUAACAGGUGCAGUAUGCUUAUAUAUCCAGGUUUAGUUGUGCUGAAUACUCAUAGAUGUUUAUAGAAAGUGCUCUUACUUUACAAAUGAACUUUUGCAUGUAUUUAAAUUUCUACUGUAAUGUGAUAUUAAUCUUCCAUAGGGAUAUGCAAUUAUAUAUUUAAUUAAUAGAGGAUAUUCAAGGGUACCUGCAACAUAGUCCAGUGUUCAAGAAAUAUCCUAAACGUUCAAUUUCUGAAAUACAUUUUUUUUGUCCUUAAUCCUGCAUAUCAGAAUUCACAAGAAAUCUGUCACAUAUUUAAAGAGAAUAAAAAAAAUGAUAUU